AUACCUGAUGGCCCAGGUAGAGGAGCAGACUUGACUCAAGCCCCGACAAGUUACACAAAGAAUCCUUCUUGGCAUUUCGUUUCCACUACUGGGAAAGGAAGGGGAUUUCUGCAAGUGUUGGUCUUCUGUUGCUUCUGCCUGCUGUGUACAAAUACGAAUGCCAAGGGUAUUUUGUUAAUUCUCAUUUCCUUCACUUUUUGAAGGCUCAAAAUGGAAAGUAUUUAUUGACCAAAUUAACAGGGCUUUGGAGAAUUAUGAACCAUGUUCAAGUCGAAACUGCAGCUGCUAUCGCGGCGUCAUAGAAGAGGACCUCACUCCUUUCCGAGGUGGUAUUUCCAGGAAGAUGAUGGCCGAGGUGGUCAGACGGAAGCUAGGAACCCACUACCAGAUCAUUAAGAAGAGAUUAUUCCGGGAAGAUGACUGCAUGUUUCCUUCCAGGUGUAGUGGUGUCGAACACUUUAUUUUGGAAGUGAUUCGGCGCCUCCCAGACAUGGAAAUGGUAAUCAAUGUACGAGAUUAUCCUCAGGUUCCUAAGUGGAUGGAGCCUACCAUCCCUGUCUUUUCCUUCAGUAAGACGUCAGAGUACCAUGAUAUCAUGUAUCCUGCGUGGACAUUUUGGGAAGGGGGCCCUGCCGUGUGGCCACUUUAUCCUACGGGUCUUGGACGGUGGGACCUCUUCAGAGAAGAUCUGCUAAGGUCAGCAGCACAAUGGCCAUGGGAAAAGAAAAAUUCUACAGCAUAUUUCCGAGGAUCAAGGACAAGCCCAGAAAGAGAUCCUCUCAUUCUUCUGUCUCGGAAAAAUCCCAAGCUCGUUGAUGCAGAGUACACCAAAAACCAGGCCUGGAAAUCUAUGAAAGAUACCUUGGGAAAGCCAGCUGCCAAGGAUGUUCAUCUAAUAGAUCACUGCAAAUACAAGUAUCUGUUUAAUUUUCGAGGUGUAGCUGCAAGUUUCCGUUUCAAGCAUCUCUUCCUGUGUGGUUCGCUGGUCUUCCAUGUUGGUGAUGAGUGGGUGGAAUUCUUCUACCCACAGUUAAAGCCAUGGGUUCACUACAUCCCAGUCAAAACAGACCUCUCCAAUGUCCAGGAACUGUUGCAGUUUGUAAAAGCAAAUGAUGAUAUUGCUCAGGAAAUUGCUAAAAGGGGGAGCCAGUUCAUCAUAAACCAUUUGCACAUGAAUGACAUCACCUGUUACUGGGAGAGCCUCUUGACUGAAUACUCCAAAUUCCUGUCCUAUAAUGUAACAAGAAGGAAAGAUUAUGAUCAGAUCAUUCCCAGACUUUGGAAAACUGAACUGUAGUCAUCAUCAGAGGACUGGAAUCCUGGCAGUGGAUCUGAGAUGCUCUGUGGUGAAAUACCAUGAGCGUGACACCUAUGCUUUGAACACCUUUGCCAAGCCUAGUAUUCAGUUUUCCUUAUCAUGUUGUAUCUGGGAGGACUCUUGAGAAAGACCUAAAAAUGUAUGUGAUGAACAGCUAUUUGAAUGUUUGAAAUCAUGAAAUAAGGAUUUGGAACUACAUCCUAUCUUUCAUUUUCUUAUGAUCAAUCACAGCUUGUGCCUCAGGUCAUCUACAUGUAUCAUCACUGUGAAAUUGACUGGGUCCAUGUGAAGAUGCCCUUUGUCCUAUUAUUUGGAGCAGAUCAUCAUCCAUCAUUUGGUACAAUUCAUAUCUGCAACUCUGAAGUUAUUCUAGGCUUGAUGUCUAUUACUUAAUUUUAGUGUAGAAAUCCUGUGGGGUUUGUGAAAGUACUGCAAUGGUCAUGUCCUGAAGAGUCUAAGGAAGCAGUGGCUGUGCCAUGCAGUGCUGUUGGUGUUCUCUUUUGUAGAAGGAUAAAUUCUUUGGCACUCAGGAGGUUCCUAUAAUGCCUCAAUUGCCUGAGUUAUUUUCGCAGUUGGAUUUCAAGUGCCUGUUUUGUGCCUUCAUGCCUGAGAAAUUCGUUAAUACAUUAGAAAGCAGUCUUGUGUGAGAGAGAGAGAGAGAGAGAGAGAGAGAGAGAGAGAGAGAGAUGUCCCUGUAAUACUAGCACUUCUUCUGAAGUAGAAACAGAAGGAUGAGUUCAUGACCACCCUCAGCUACAAGAGUUCAAGGAUAGCCUUGAACUACUGGCUACAUGAAGUCCUGUCUCAUAAACUUUAACUCACCUUUUGCACACCUCUGAUUUUGCCUUCUUAAAUUAGUAGCAGCAGGACCAUCUCAAUUUGCAGAGACUGUGAUGUUCAUGUGAACACAUCAUGAAGUAGUAAUUUAGAGAGCAUUUAGCUUUCAUAUUUUUCUCCCAUAUGAAGUAUUUUAGUGUAAAUCAUUAUUGGAGUACUUAUUCCCCUUCUGAAAAAGAUAUAUGGACAGUUCACUGCAAGUUACAGCUCCAGCAACACCUCUCUGAACCUCAUUCUUAGCUGUUAGGGACUGUUUAACAAUCUGCUCGUGCGUGUAUCAUGUGCUAUCACAUUGCGUUGUAGUUACUUGGCUGUUUCUUCCCUUGUUCUGUAAGCGUAUUGAUGAUGAGAAUGAUGUUUCACUGCUCUUGAUGUUUUUGUUAUCCAGCACAGUGCCUCACACAGAAUAGUUAACUGAAGAACUGUUGGGAUGGGUGAGUCGGGGGUGAAUGGAUAUACUCACUUGGCUUAACUAAAUUCUAUUUUUAAAUUGCUCAGUUACUGCCUGCAGAGAGGAUGAGAGAUGCAUUGUAAGAAAUGGAUCAAUACAGAACCUCACUUUCCCUUUCGAGUAGUAGCAAGGGGUAUCUUUGUUUUAAAAACAACAAAAGUUACUCAGAUUUUGUACUUAUCUGUGUACCUCAGUGUAGACAAUAUGAGAAUGACAUGUAAUUGUAUGUAAAGUGUAUGCUUUUGAAAAUAGUUUGUAUGCUCACACUUUUGAAGGUUUUGUUAUCACUCAUACCAGCUCAGUCCAAAAGAUACCAUUUGCUUCUUGAAAAGUUCAUUCUGUCUACUGUGGCAAUGGUUACUAUUGUUUUCAAUAUAAACAGAUAUAUGUUUUCUAA